CUCCUCACGGCCACCACUCCCCAUAUCUAUUCUCCUGUCGUCGUCAACCUUUCCCCCUCCGAGCUAGCUUGUUCAUCGGUAAUCCACCCACAUCAAGAUCUCCCCAAAUUCCACACCAAACCCUAUCUAUCUACCAGUCCAUCCCGUACAUCUUCUUCCAUCGAGGUCGAGCCUUCCACCCAUUCAUGGCGUCCACCACCAGUGGCAGCCUCCCAUCCUCUCCCUCACUCCCGGGCACCGGCUCCGAACAAGAAUUCUUCUCCGUCGACCCCCACGGCCUGUUCCUCCCUUCAUCCCCCUCCCCCGCCAGCCUGUUCGACCACGACUCCUCCUUCCAAGGCUUCUUCCCCACAUCCUCCCCCACGCGAGCAACAGCGACUCCACCUCACCCUACGGCCCCGUCAAAGCAGACCAAGAAGCGCCCCAGAGCCUCCCGCCGCCCACCCACCACCGUGCUCACCACCGACACCUCCAACUUCCGCGCCAUGGUACAGGAGUUCACCGGCUUCCCGGCGCCACCAUUUGCCGCCGGACCGUCCCCGUUCGUCCGCCCGCGGCUCCUCGGUGGCGCCUCCGCCUACGGGCCCCCCUUCCUGGUACGCCCGUGCCCUCUCAAAUACCCGCAGCAAAACCCUGCACUGCUGUCCUCCAUCGGCACCGGCACCACCACCGGCGGCGGAGCCAACUCUCUCAUGCACGCGCUCGCGCUGUUGGCGAGGAGCAACGCGAUGCCAAGUACCCCCGCUGAUGUUACGGCGAGAGGAUCAGGUGCUGCUGAUCAGUACGGCGGCCACCACGGCCACGGCAUGGGAGAUUUCAACUACAACCCGUUUGACGACUUCGAGACUGAGACUGCGGCAGCGGCAGCGGAAGGCGACAAGGCGGCGAACGGCGACCAUGCUGGGUUCUUCUCUUCCUUAGGCGGCGCCGGAGAUAAGUACGACCGGCACUAGCUAGUACUUACGUAUCUCUGUCUCUCUCUCUCUCUCUCUCUCUCUCUCUCUCUGAUGAGCGUGCUGAGCGGUCUUUGUGUAAUGUGGAUGGAAAUUGAGAUGGAGGAACAACUUUUGAUACUCUAUUGGCAUUUGGCAGGUUGCUUAAUUGUUAGUUCCUUUGACACAAAAUGUGAGUUUAUAAGUUGAUUGAUGGUGAUUUUUGGUGCAAAUUAAUAAUUAAUUGAAGUAAUACAUGCAUUGCUUCUUGCAUGAUUUACAAUUCUUACAAUAUCUAUUAUGUAUAUAUUGUAAGGUGGUUUGUUCGGUUUCCAUCGCUAGCCAAGGAAUUGUCCUUGUCAAGAUGAGAUGAAAUGAUCCAACACCUCUCCUUAGUCAUGGAGAAGUGUUGAAAUGAUCCAACACUUUACUUUUCUGCUUAAUUUGGAUAUAUUCCAUACCAUGGGGAAAAAUUGCUAGACUUAGAGCAUCUACGGAUGAAUAGGCUGACACUAACUUAUGGAGCAAAUCUACUGUUAAUAAAAAGUUCAUGUAUUUCGUAGCUUUUCUUUGUAAAUGAUAUUUGUUGUGAAUCAAAAUGGAUGCAUUUUUUAGGGAAACAACCGGGCUCUGCUGCGUAUUUUUAUUAACAAAAUGGAUG